AUGUUACAUUACUACAAUGAAGAAGAUACUCUAUUCAAUCUAGAAGAAAAUCUACCCUCAUUAAAAUUAGAGUAUGAUGGGGCUUCUCUAUAAUAAUUGAGCAAUAUCCAUUACUAAAAUUUUAACUCAUUCAACGAUGACAUGAUCAUAAAUAAUAUUCCUCUUGAUUACUGUGAAUCCCCACAAUCUAAAAUAAAAAAUCACAAAGUGAUGAUAGAUUUAGAUAAUGAUCCAGAAACUUAAUCUAUUUUUGAUACUGACAAAUAUAUUCACUAAUGGGAGCCAAGAAAUAGAAAAAAUAUAAAGGUUAGAAAGUCAAAGCUUGUGUAUGAAACAUUUGAUGCUCAUUAUCGUUCAAAUCCAAACUGGUCGCGUGAUUUAGUAGUACAGCUGUCUCAAGAGUUGGGACUAACAACUUAACAAGUCUACAAAUGGAACUGGGACAAAAAAAAGAGAGAUAGGCUAAAAGCUCUUAAAAAUAAGAUAAAAAAUAGACUAACAAAAAAAGCCACUUCAAAAUGA